UACAGCCGGCGCCGCCGUCCGCUGAUCCGCCGCCCUGCGCCAUGGCGGGCUGCGCGGCGCGGGCUCCGCCGGGCUCCGAGGCGCGCCUCAGCCUCGCUACCUUCCUGCUGGGCGCCUCGGUGCUGGCGCUGCCGCUGCUCACGCGUGCCGGCCUGCAGGGCCGCACCGGGCUGGCGCUCUACGUGGCCGGGCUGAACGCGCUGCUGCUGCUGCUCUACCGGCCGCCGCGCUACCAGAUAGCCAUCCGAGCUUGUUUCCUUGGCUUUGUGUUUGGCUGUGGCGUGCUGCUAAGUUUUAGCCAGUCUUCUUGGAACCACUUUGGCUGGUACAUGUGCUCCCUGUCAUUGUUCCACUAUUCUGAAUACUUAGUGACAGCAGUCAAUAAUCCCAAAAGUCUGUCCUUGGAUUCCUUUCUCCUGAACCACAGUCUGGAGUAUACAGUAGCUGCUCUUUCUUCUUGGUUAGAGUUCACGCUUGAAAAUAUCUUUUGGCCAGAACUAAAGCAGAUCACCUGGCUCAGUGCGAUGGGGCUGCUGAUGGUGGUCUUUGGAGAAUGUCUGAGGAAGGCAGCCAUGUUUACAGCUGGCUCCAACUUCAACCACGUGGUGCAGAAUGAAAAAUCAGAUACCCACACUCUUGUGACAAGUGGAGUGUACGCUUGGUUCCGGCACCCUUCUUAUGUUGGGUGGUUUUACUGGAGUAUUGGAACCCAGGUGAUGCUGUGCAACCCCAUCUGCGGCGUCGGCUAUGCCCUGACGGUGUGGCGGUUCUUCCGCGAUCGAACAGAAGAAGAGGAAAUCUCAUUAAUUCACUUUUUUGGAGAAGAGUACCUGGAGUAUAAGAAGAGGGUGCCCACAGGCCUGCCUUUCAUAAAGGGAGUCAAGGUGGAGCUAUGACGGGAGGUGGGCCAGGCGGGACAGAACUCCUUCUGGUCGGCCACUCUGCAGGAUGAAUUUUCUUAAUCAUUUUAUAUGUCACUAAUCACUCUUCUGGAAUGUCACUCAAGACCGAAUGGUCAGAAGGCCUUAGGACCACAGGACCUGCCAGAGCAAUCAAUUCUUGUACUGAAUCAAGGUAGGACGCAACUGAAAGAUGAACAAAGCAGAUCACAGCAAUAUUCAACAGCCCCUCGAGCAGGCCACGUCCCCCGCCACGAGGCCACGGGUGCGGGUUCUAACCGGGACUCCUUGGGAGAGGGGGCUCUGCCGCCAGUAAUGCUUCUGCUGCAGAAAGGGGCAGUGGGCAUCGCUGCUUAUCAGCAUUAAAAGUACAUUUAAAACCAUCCAUUUAACCGAAAAACACAAACAGCACAGCUUUAACCUCUUUAUUACUGUCCUUGAAUGCAUGAACAUCUAUAUAAUUUUAAAAAUACUUAUAUGACACUUUGGCUCUUCAUAUAUUUAAUUGUACUUACAUAGCUUUUUUAUAAAUAGCAGUAUAAAUUCAAAGGUGAUUCACUUGGUGUUUCUAGCUCUAAGUUUUAUUCAGCAGCAAGUAAGCAGAGAUACCUCUAGAUUAUUUGGCUGAGUGUGGCUUUGUGUGACCAAGAUACCCCAGGCCAGGGGGCCAUGGACCCUGUGGACUUCCUGGGGGUCUUGGCCCCUGCUCCCCUCCUGUUACUGGCGACAGAUGGGUGAAAGAUGUGUCAUUUUUCCUUUAUCCAAGAAGUGCUUCCUGCAUGCCUGCCCUGUACGAGGCGGUGUGAGAGGUUCAGAAACACUGCUGUCCGUUCACUUGGGAUUUUAUUCUCAUUUUACCAUAGCUCGUAUUUUUGUGUUUCAUUAUAAAUCUAUGGUAAUAGAUUGUUUUCUAUGUUCCGUUCUCAAAAUUAUAUCAUCCCUAAUGCUGCUUCCAACAGUCUUUUCCAAAGGCGUUUGAGCAUAUUCAACUACAAAUUCAAGCAAAUAACUCUCAAAAAUAGUCUUAAAUGGAGCAAAUAAUCCCACCCAAGAUUCAAUCAGUGUUUUUUUUUUUUUUGCGAGUUUGGGGAGAGUAGUUGGCUUUAGGAGUCAUGCAUAGAAGCUUUAAGAGGUAAGACCCUUGGUUAGUUCUGGACCAGACAGGAACUUGGCCUCAGAGUGAGAUCCCCAUUUUCUGCAGUUUUGUGGUGGCACCUCGAAGCAUGAAUGUGGCUGGAGUGCUGCUCUGCCACAACGCCACACGGCUCGCGAGGAGCCACUAAACCUUUCCGUGCCUAGACGUCCCCAUCGGAAGCAUGGGGUCAUUACCACCUACCUCACAGGGGUGUUGUGAGGACUUAGAAGGACAAUGUCAAAUGUUUUUAGUGCUUAGAUGAGAGGGGUGACAAAUGAAAUCCAUACUGUGUAAGGGUUAACACAAGAGGGCAGACAUUUAUUUGGUGAACUGUGCCAGAUACCUAAAAUGUAUGUUCAAAAGAGCAUUUACCAACUCAGAAAUAUUACUUAUUUCUGGA